GAGUCAAACAAGCGUGCACUGAAUAUCAGGUUAAAAGUCCUGGGUGAAGAACAUUCACAAACCGCUGACAGCUAUCAUUCAUUAGGAGUUACUCAACAUUCACUUGGAGACUUUGUGUCAGCCCUUGAGUCAAACAAGCGUGCACUGAAUAUCAGGUUAAAAGUCCUGGGUGAAGAACAUUCACAAACCGCUGACAGCUAUCAUUCAUUAGGAGUUACUCAACAUUCACUUGGAGACUUUGUGUCAGCCCUUGAGUCAAACAAGCGUGCACUGAAUAUCAGGUUAAAAGUCCUGGGUGAAGAACAUUCACAAACCGCUGACAGCUAUCAUUCAUUAGGAGUUACUCAACAUUCACUUGGAGACUUUGUGUCAGCCCUUGAGUCAAAGAAGCGUGCACUGAAUAUCAGGUUAAAAGUCCUGGGUGAAGAACAUUCACAAACCGCUCACAGCUAUCAUUCAUUAGGAGUUACUCAACAUUCACUUGGAGACUUUGUGUCAGCCCUUGAGUCAAACAAGCGUGCACUGAAUAUCAGGUUAAAAGUCCUGGGUGAAGAACAUUCACAAACCGCUGACAGCUAUCAUUCAUUAGGAGUUACUCAACAUUCACUUGGAGACUUUGUGUCAGCCCUUGAGUCAAAGAAGCGUGCACUGAAUAUCAGGUUAAAAGUCCUGGGUGAAGAACAUUCACAAACCGCUGACAGCUAUCAUUCAUUAGGAGUUACUCAACAUUCACUUGGAGACUUUGUGUCAGCCCUUGAGUCAAAGAAGCGUGCACUGAAUAUCAGGUUAAAAGUCCUGGGUGAAGAACAUUCACAAACCGCUCACAGCUAUCAUUCAUUAGGAGUUACUCAACAUUCACUUGGAGACUUUGUGUCAGCCCUUGAGUCAAAGAAGCGUGCACUGAAUAUCAGGUUAAAAGUCCUGGGUGAAGAACAUUCACAAACCGCUGACAGCUAUCAUUCAUUAGGAGUUACUCAACAUUCACUUGGAGACUUUGUGUCAGCCCUUGAGUCAAACAAGCGUGCACUGAAUAUCAGGUUAAAAGUCCUGGGUGAAGAACAUUCACAAACCGCUGACAGCUAUCAUUCAUUAGGAGUUACUCAACAUUCACUUGGAGACUUUGUGUCAGCCCUUGAGUCAAACAAGCGUGCACUGAAUAUCAGGUUAAAAGUCCUGGGUGAAGAACAUUCACAAACCGCUGACAGCUAUCAUUCAUUAGGAGUUACUCAACAUUCACUUGGAGACUUUGUGUCAGCCCUUGAGUCAAACAAGCGUGCACUGAAUAUCAGCUUAAAAGUCCUGGGUGAAGAACAUUCACAAACCGCUGACAGCUAUCAUUCAUUAGGAGUUACUCAACAUUCACUUGGAGACUUUGUGUCAGCCCUUGAGUCAAAGAAGCGUGCACUGAAUAUCAGGUUAAAAGUCCUGGGUGAAGAACAUUCACAAACCGCUGACAGCUAUCAUUCAUUAGGAGCUACUCAACAUUCACUUGGAGACUUUGUGUCAGCCCUUCAGUCAGCCAAGUGUGCACUUGACAUCAGGAUGAAGGUGCACGGUGAAGAGGAUCCACGAACUGUUAACAGCCUGGUUAAGGUGAAGGAGUUAGAAAAGUUGUUGUGAAGGAAUUCAUGAUGAAAGAAGAGAAAAGGGAACAUUACAAUUAAGUAUUUUGAUAAAAGUCAAUUGAAUAUUCACAGUAAUAU